UUGAAAUUUUACUUUUAUUAGUUGUGCAUGCAAGCGUGUGUUCAGAGCACAAUUUUCGGGAGUCUUCCAUCUUGGGUCCCUGAGUGCUUUAAUAUGGCACUAUUUAUCAUUUUGAAAGCACAAAGAGUAUAUAAUGGGUUAGUGGCAGAGCGUUUUAUCAGUUGGAUACCCAGCUCCAAAACACACAUAGCAUUCAGAGAAACCCUUUAAAAUGGAUUAUGGUAAAGUAGAAACAAAAAGCUUAAAACUUCGAAAUGAAACCUCCACAUAAAAACUUGCGUUCGGGCCAAAGGGUGGGAGGAAAAAUCGCCUUAAGCUGUCUCAGAAUUCACAUUAAUUUCCAAGCAAGUCCCUAGCGGCCAGGGAGCAGCAGCGGCUCGGGCGCUGAAGCUAGUGAGGGUCUCCACACCAGCCGUGGCUAGGCAACCGCCCCGCGCCUUCUCACGGUGCUUGCCCCGCCUCCUCAGGCACUUCCGACGCCGUGCGCCUGGAACUUCUUCCUCUCAUUGGUUCAUGCCUCGCCGAGGAUGGGCGGGGGAAAUGCGUAAGUCAUUGUGGUCACUUCCGGCCCGGGAGCGCGCGGGUUGAUUUGUCCUUCCUCAGCCGCGGGCGCUCAGAGCUCGGAAAUGGCGGGUAAGUUCCCGGGAAAAGUUUAGCAAGGGGAGGAGGCGGGUGGUUCUGGGGAAGAACGUUGAGGCGGCGGUGACAGUGGCCGCCUGGAACUUUCGAGCUCUAGCCGAGGUUCCAGAAGGCCGCUCCUUUCCGCGAAGCACUGAGGGUCGGAGGCUGGCUCCCGGUGGGCCGCGCUCAGCGCCUUCGCCCCCAGUCCACACGCUCGGCGCCUCCCAUGGGCCCCCGGGCCUUGAGCUCGAGGCAGAGCGUGCAAUUUCGACUUGUGGAGCGAGGGUUUGGUGCAAUGGAGAAAUUUCUAGUGGAAUAUAAGAGUGCGGUGGAGAAGAAACUGGCUGAGUACAAGUGUAACACCAACACAGCAAUCGAGCUGAAACUGGUUCGUUUUCCUGAAGAUCUUGAGAAUGACAUUAGAACUUUCUUUCCUGAAUAUACCCAUCAACUCUUUGGGGAUGAUGAAACUGCUUUUGGUUACAAGGGCCUGAAGAUCUUGUUGUACUAUAUUGCUGGUAGCCUGUCAACUAUGUUCCGUGUUGAAUAUGCAUCUAAAGUUGAUGAGAACUUUGAUUGUGUGGAGGCAGAUGACGUUGAAGGCAAAAUCAGACAAAUCAUUCCACCUGGGUUUUGCACAAACACAAAUGAUUUUCUUUCCUUGCUGGAAAAGGAAGCUGAUUUCAAGCCAUUUGGAACCCUCCUCCAUACAUACUCAGUUCCUAGUCCAACAGGAGGAGAAAACUUUACUUUUCAGAUAUACAAGGCUGACAUGACAUGUAGAGGCUUUCGAGAAUAUCAUGAAAGGCUUCAGACCUUUUUGAUGUGGUUUAUUGAAACUGCUAGCUUUAUUGACGUGGAUGAUGAAAGAUGGCACUACUUUCUAGUAUUUGAGAAGUAUAAUAAGGAUGGAGCUACGCUCUUUGCGACCGUAGGCUACAUGACAGUCUAUAAUUACUAUGUGUACCCAGACAAAACCCGGCCACGUGUAAGUCAGAUGCUGAUACUGACUCCAUUUCAAGGUCAGGGCCAUGGUGCUCAACUUCUUGAAACAGUUCAUAGAUACUACAUUGCAUCUUCUUCAGUUCUUGAUAUUACAGCGGAAGAUCCAUCCAAAAGCUAUGUGAAACUAAGAGACUUUGUACUUGUGAAACUUUGUCAAGAUUUGCCCUGUUUCUCCCGGGAAAGAUUACUGCAAGGAUUCAAUGAAGAUAUGGCGAUACAGGCACAGCAGAAGUUCAAAAUAAAUAAGCAACAUGCUAGACGGGUUUAUGAAAUUCUCCGACUGCUGGUGACUGACAUGAGUGACGCGGAGCAGUGCAGAAGCUACAGACUGGAUAUUAAAAGGAGACUAAUCAGCCCUUACAAGAAAAAGCAGACAGAUCUUGCCAAGAUGAGGAAAUGCCUGAGACCAGAAGAGCUGACGAAUCAGAUGAACCAGAUAGAGAUAAGUGUGCAGCACGAGCAGCUGGAGGAGCAGUUUCAGGAGCUGGUGGAGGACUACCGGCGUGUCAUUGAGCGCCUUGCUCAAGAGUGAAGCCCUUGUUCCCUGGAUACCUGCGAUUUCUGUGCAUUGUGCUGUGAAACCUCUGAUGACCCUAAAGUUAUCUAUGUUCUCCUUAGUGGAAUAUUUCCUUUUGAGAGAUUGUAUAUUUUAAAAUACUGUCUAGAGUUUAUGAACAUAUAUUGCAUUAAUAAAAGAUGGCUUGUGAAAUA